AAAGCACCACCUCCAAGUCCCAAAUCCUUCACAAUACUCACAAAAAAUUCUCACAAAUCUACACAGCGUAGCCUUUCAUUCCCUUUGAUUCUUUGAAGAAGCUCUCUCUCUUUCUCAAGAUGCAGAUCUUUGUUAAGACUCUGACAGGCAAGACCAUCACCCUCGAGGUCGAAAGCUCAGACACUAUUGAUAAUGUCAAAGCUAAGAUCCAAGACAAGGAGGGUAUCCCACCAGAUCAGCAGAGGUUGAUCUUUGCCGGUAAGCAACUCGAAGAUGGUCGCACUUUGGCAGACUAUAACAUCCAAAAGGAGUCCACACUUCACUUGGUGCUCCGCCUCCGUGGUGGUAUGCAAAUCUUUGUUAAAACCCUUACUGGGAAGACCAUAACUUUGGAAGUUGAAAGCUCAGACACUAUAGAUAAUGUUAAAGCUAAGAUCCAAGACAAGGAGGGUAUCCCACCAGACCAGCAGAGGUUGAUCUUUGCCGGCAAGCAGCUUGAAGAUGGUCGCACCCUCGCAGACUACAACAUCCAAAAGGAGUCCACCCUCCACCUGGUGCUCCGGCUCAGAGGUGGAAUGCAAAUUUUUGUUAAGACCUUGACCGGCAAAACCAUCACUUUGGAGGUUGAGAGCUCUGAUACUAUUGAUAAUGUCAAAGCUAAGAUCCAAGACAAAGAGGGUAUCCCACCGGACCAACAGAGGCUGAUUUUUGCUGGCAAGCAGUUGGAAGAUGGAAGAACCUUAGCUGAUUACAACAUUCAAAAGGAGUCAACCCUGCACUUGGUGCUGCGAUUGCGUGGAGGAAUGCAAAUUUUCGUGAAGACUUUGACUGGGAAAACCAUAACCUUGGAGGUUGAAAGCUCGGAUACUAUUGACAAUGUGAAGGCAAAGAUACAAGACAAGGAAGGUAUCCCACCAGACCAGCAAAGGCUUAUAUUUGCAGGCAAGCAGCUUGAAGAUGGAAGGACUCUUGCAGAUUACAAUAUCCAGAAGGAGUCUACCCUUCAUCUGGUGCUUCGCCUUCGUGGUGGAAUGCAGAUUUUUGUUAAGACCUUGACUGGGAAGACCAUAACCCUGGAGGUUGAAAGUUCUGAUACAAUUGAUAAUGUGAAAGCAAAGAUUCAGGACAAGGAGGGAAUUCCUCCAGAUCAGCAGAGGCUUAUUUUUGCAGGUAAACAGCUAGAAGAUGGAAGGACUCUGGCUGAUUACAAUAUCCAAAAGGAGUCUACUCUGCACCUUGUCCUUCGCCUCCGUGGUGGUUUCUAAGCAUAGGUUGUGGUUCUGUGGUAUACGUGUGCUGCUAUUUUCGUGGAUCUGGUUUCAGUUUACUUGCCAUUGUUUAAUGGCUUCUAAUUAAUAUGUUCUGAACUUGCUUUUAAUUUACUGUUGUUUGGUUAUGUAGUAUCCUAAACUCGUUGAAUGGCCUUAUCCUGGUCAUUUUAUUAAGUCAUUCGAAUAAAGUUUCCUCUUUCAUUUA